UUGGUAUAAGUACCAAUUAAAUUGGCUGUUUCUAGAGUUUUUCUAGUAGUUUUACAUGCCCAGACAUAAAUAUAAAAAUUACCAUGACAAAAUCUAAGACAUCUUUAUUUGCAUUAGGAUUCUUUACUGCUGCGGCUGUAUUUAUUAUAAUAUCGUUUGUGAGUCCUUAUUGGCUCGUAGCUGAUGGAAAACUAAGAAAUCCUAAGUUCCAAAAAAUCGGAUUGUGGGAAGUAUGUUUCAAUGGAUUUGAAGAUGUCCAUCACUGGUAUGACACAGUUUUUACUGGGUGUUGGUGGAUAUUUGAAGAAGAAUAUUACAUCAUACAUGACAUUUUGCUACCAGGAUUUUUCAUCGCUACCCAGUUCUUCUUCACCAUCACCUUAUGUUGUGUGUUGAUUUCAAUAUUCUUAACAACCCUAUUUUUUAAGAAAGACGCUGAUGAUGACAAUUAUUUGACUCUUCUUGUAACACUGGGAACAGUUCUAGUGAUUGGAGGUUUUUCAGGACUGAUAUCAGUGAUAACAUUUGGAGCUCGAGGAGAUGGUCGUGAUUGGAUGCCAAAUUGGGACCAUAAUGACCUUGGCUGGGCAUACGCCUUUGGUGUCAUUGGAAUAUUUUUCCUUUUCCCAGCUGGAAUACUUUUCCUAAUUGAAGCUAGAGUACAUAAAUAUAAGAGGUUACAUGAAAUGCAAAGUAGAGAGCCCUCUUCUUACACUAUGCAGGAAAGAAAGCUUGCGUAUGCAAGUGGCCACACUGAUAUCUAAAUCACGAGCUAUAAGGAAUUUAUACUCAAUCAUCAUAAAUCAUUUUGUUUUGCAUUUAACAAUUAUUAGUGACAAAGAGUAAGCCAGCAGA